AUGCGCGCGGGGUGCCACGUCAAAUUACCGCCAAAAAUUGUGACAAAGAAAGCGGUUGUUAAUGUGCGAUCAGCGGACAAUGCGUGUUUCGCAUGGUCAGUGGUGGCCGCUCUGUACCCCGCUGAUAUACAUGUGGAUCGGGAAUCCUCUUAUCCGCAUUACAUCACAGUGCUGAAUCUCCAAGACAUUGAGUUUCCAGUGACUGUUAAUCAAAUUAAAAAAUUCGAACUUGCAAACGACAUCUCCGUAAACGUGUACAUCAUCGAGAACAAGAACAUCGUCCCGCUACGUCUUUCGGGAAAAAAGAAGGACAGACACGUCAAUUUGCUGUACGUGGAGGACGAACACGGGCAUUUCGCGUGUAUAAAAAAUCUGUCUCGCCUCGUGAACUCGCAACUAAGCAAAAAAGCUCAUAAAAAAUUAUAUGCGAUCGGUAAAUGUUUACACUAUUUCGGAGCGGCGGAUAAAUUGCAGGCGCAUACAGAAGAUUGCGGGAAACUGAACGACUGUGCUAUUCGGUUGCCGAGCGAGAAUGACAAGUGGCUCAGCUUCGACAAUUACACGAGGAAAGAACGGCUUCCAUUCAUCAUGUACGCCGAUCUGGAGUGUGUUUUGGCAAAGACC